AUGAAUAAGUUGCUGUUCAGUAAUAUGUCUGAUGAUAUGUCAUUAACGUAUGACUGCUUAAUCAGAGGACCUGGAGUAGACGAGUAUCCAGAGAUUGGUUUAUUUUCUAUAGAUCAUGACAGUGCAAAAAUAUACAUUCACUGCCCUGUUGGUCAAGAAACAACACCAUCUUUCAUGGUUUAUUUUGAUGUUGUGGAUCACAUGACGAAAAUUGUGGAUGAUUCUUUGAUUUUCAACAUUAGGAUCAAUGAUGUGAGUGACCACACACCGUUUCCCAAGAGGGAAUUUAACAUCAGUGUGAAAGAGAACCAAGAAGCAGGCAAGUCUAUUUUUCAGAUGCUGACAUUUGAUUAUGAUGAAGAGAACACUCCAAACUCCCAAGUUCUUUAUUUCCUCAUUUCUCAAACACCAUUAUUGAAGGAAAGUGACUUCUGGGUUGAUCAGAUGAGUGGAGAAAUCCUACUUUCAGGAUGCUUAGACUAUAAGACUGGUUCUUGGUUUUCACUCCUGACCGGAGCCAGGGAUUGUGCGGAGCCCUCAUUGUCAUCCACGGCCACAGGUAAUGUCCACGUGCAAGGGGAUGACAACUACAUACGAAUGUUCACUCAGGAUGAUUAUAAGAUUCAGAUUUCUGAAGGUCAAGUUGACCAGGACAUGUUGCACCUCCCAGUUCGAGAUCAAGAUUCGCCAUUUAUAUCAGCUUGGAGAGCAAAAUUUGACACAGUGGAUGGCAGCGAGGAGGGACAUUUUGCCAUUUUGACUGACCCUGAGACCAACAAAGGGAUUCUGAGAGUCAUCAAGCCACUGGAUUAUGAAGCUCAGGCAGCUCACAGCCUUGUCAUUGGCGUGGAAAACCUGGAGCCACCCUUCUCCUGCAAGGGUGGGCAGCUACAGACAUCAAGGAUGGCAGUGGCCAGCACCAUGGUGAGCAUGCAGGUAGUGGAUGCCAAUGAGCCAUCUCCCUUUCACUCCAGGAGUUUCAUUGUCAGUGACGAGGAUGCCACCAGGCCUGGAAUCCAGCUGAGCACGUUCAAUGCUACUGAUCCAGACAGAACUGCAAGCCAGAUAAGAUACAAACUGGUUCGUGAUCCAGCAAAUUGGGUCACUGUGGAUGAAAAGUCAGGAGUGGUUACCACCAGGAAGCAAAUUGAUUGAGAGUCCCUGCAUGUAGAUGACAGCUUUUAUACAAUCAUCACCCAUACCAUCGACAGCGGCCUCCCACCACAAAUGAGGACAGGGAUGGUGAUGCUUUUCCUCUCUGACAUCAACGACAAUGCGCCAACUCUCCAGCCCCAUUCUCUCUACCUGGAGGUUUGUGAGUCUGCGGGCAGCGAGCCCCCUCUCCUAGAGGCAGAGGAUCCAGACCUGGAGCCCCUAACUCAGACCCUUUCACAUCAUGGGAAAAGGCAGAAGAUGUGGAAAUUGGGGGGAAAUCGAGGCUGCUCAGCUGAACUUCUCCUGCUGAGAAGCCUCCCACUUGGUAGUUAUGCAAUCUCACUCUUCAUCGGAGAUUGACAGGGACUUUCUCAGAAGAAGACUGUCCAUGAGAGGAUCUGUUUCUGUCCUGGUGGAUUUGUGUGUGAGGAGCCCAGCUUCUGCUGGAGACUCUGCUCCCUGUCUGUGCAGCAUUUGUGGCUCUGGCAGAUACAGCCAGCUGGAGAGGAUCUGAUGCCUGCUCUGACCUUCAGCACAGCUGUGGCCAGUGCCAAGUGGGUGUCUCUGGAUCCCACCGUGCCCAGAUGGACCCUAAAACUGAUGGCAGGAAGGAUGGUGGAGAUGUGGAGUCAGAAGCUUCAUGGUAUUGAUGCACUGGAAGGUGACACCACCCACCAGCCUCGUGUCUACAGCCAGGAGGGAGAGUGUGAAGGAGCCAAGACCCUCAGUUCUCACACCUUCUCUGAGGAGGAGCUGCCUGCUGACUUGCUGGAUGGUUUGGGCUCAAAAGCUACUCCUCAUGAAGAAAUGUAUUUCAAGUCAGGAAUUCCUUCCUGA